GAAAAACAAGCUUGGGUUGGAUACCCCAAAGAGCCACAGCAUCUCUCCUUGGAGUGCAGGAGCUGGAGAGCCAAACCAUGCAUCUCAACGCAACUUCUUCCCUCUACCAGCUGGGAUACCCGAUGAGCGAGUUUCACCUGCCGUCCUCCAAUUCUGUCCUGCCCGCUACAGCAGAGAACCUGUCCAACAGUUCGGGACUUACGUCCAUCCCACCCAACGAGGAGGAUCUGGAUGUCAACACAGACAUCUACUCCAAGGUGAUGGUGACCAUCGUCUACUUGGUGCUGUUCCUGCUGGGGACGGUGGGCAACUCCAUCACUGCUUACACCCUGGUGAGGAAGAAGUCCCUGCAGAAUCUCCAAAGCACGGUGCACUAUCACCUGGCCAGCUUGGCAUUCUCUGACCUGCUCAUCUUCCUCCUCUGCAUGCCUAUCGAACUCUACAACUUCAUCUGGGUGCACCACCCCUGGGCUUUCGGCAACGAUGUCUGCAAGUGCUACUACUUUCUGAGGGAUGCCUGCACCUACGCUACGUCUCUCAACAUCGCCAGCCUCAGCGUGGAGAGGUACAUGGCCAUCUGUCACCCUUUCAAAGCCAAGAGCAUCAUGUCCAGGAGCCGGACCAAAAAAUUCAUCAGUUGCAUUUGGGUGGCCUCCUUCCUGCUGGCCAUCCCGAUGAUCUUAAUCAUGGGCGAGAUCUACAGGAUACCCCAAGAUCCUGACUCGUUGCUCUGCACCCAGAUUGUAGAUGAUUCCACGCUGAAGGUUGCCAUCCAGGUCAACGUCUUCAUCUCCUUCGUUUUCCCAAUGGCAGUUAUCUCCAUCCUCAACACCAUCAUAGCCAACCAACUUAUCAUCAUGUUCAAGCAAGCGGCCCAAGAACACCAAGUGUGCACAAUUGGAGGACAGCAGACCAUGCUUAGCAUGUCCAUGGAACCUGGCCGUGUUCAAACCUUGAAGCACGGAGUCCGAGUUCUACGUACCUUCCUUUACGACUUCUAUCACUAUUUCUACAUGCUGACCAACAUCCUCUUCUACGUUAGCUCAGCCAUUAACCCGGUCCUCUACAACUUGGUCUCCACCAACUUCCGCCAGAUCUUCUUUUCUACUUUCGUUUCCAUAUGCCUGCCAUGGAAAAAGAAGAAGAAGAGAACCAAGUUCAACAGAAAAUCCAACAGCAUCUCUAGUAACCAUACUUUUUCUAGCCAGGUCACCAGAGAAACCACCUAUUGAGACAUCGGGAUUCUCAAGAAGAAAAGAAAGGAAGAAAAAAAAAAAGGUUCCAGCAAGACAGGAAACAGAAUUUGUGAAAGGGGUCUGUCCUGCUUUCAGACAUGACUUCCAACUUCACCGCCGCAUGAACAUGUUUAGCUGAUUGCUGUCCAUUGGAAUGAAUAUGUGUCCAUGGUUAACAUUGAGGUGAUGUUCCUGCCUUGGCCUCUGGCUUUUUGUGAGUUAUGUCUCCUUGUUUUGUCAUCUUGAUCCAGCAUAGAAGUUGCCUGUUGCGGUUCUCCAGGAAGCUUUCCCAUCUAUGAAGUCGACGUUGGCCAAGCUUGAAUGCCUCUUGCCAACCACCAGGGCAAUCAGGAGAUUCAGGCAAUUCAAACAAGUAUAAAUAUUUAUUGCAAAGUUAAACUGUCUACAAGAAUCUGAACAACUGACUGUCAAGGGAAAUGAGUGGGAGAUAAGAAGGCAUUCGAGGCGGGCUGGGCUUAGAUCUCUUGCAGGCACGCAGGGACUUGUGACUUAUGGCACGCUUGACUCCUCCCUCAGUCUCAGCCUGUUCAUCUCCUACAAUUCUCUUACUGUUCUCAUUGGGUUUCCCAGUGUAGCAAGGAGAUUAAGAUCACUUGUCCUAGUUAUCUUGACAAUGUAGGGAGGAGGCGAAGCAUGAGCAAGAUUUCAUUUUUGGAGGAAAGAAUAGGGUUGUGGUUUUAGGUACAGGUAAUCCUUGACUUAUGAGCACAAUGGAGCCCAAAUUUUCUGUUGCCGAG